CCGACCAUCUCGUACUUCGUUUCCAGCUUGGCCAUCAAUCACAUAGCGUUUUUCGUAUUGUGACUGUGCCAGCAAACUAUACCUUCUGGCAUCUGCAUCGGCUUUCGCAGUUUCUCUUUGGUUGGAAGGACAUUCGGAAGGAGAAAAGUCCGCAUAAUAGGACAAUACGCAUCGAGCGUCGUGCGGAGCACAUCUUCACAGUGCAGAAGCGAGUAGUAUUCUACGCAUCUGCAAAGCACGCAGGUUUAUUUAAGAAUGGGAAAUCGGUGUUGCAUGUUACCGGAAACCUUGAAGAGAUCAGACCAAAAUGCAAGGACGAUGUACCUUGGGAACGCGAAGAGCAUUACACACUUGAACACCUCUGGCACCGGCCAGGCAGUAAUAUUGACGUGGGUCGCGCGGUUAUCUAUGAAUAUGAUGUGUUUUCUGUUCAUAAGGAGGCCUUAUAUAUUUCACUUUACAGUGACUCUGACAAGAUCAAGGCAUUGUUACCAGACACGGACGAGUCAAGCAACGUACCGACAGUGGUGCUCGGUUCUGGGCUUGCGAAUGACGAUGAUGAUGACGAAGAUUUUCCUCUCGAUUUGCAGCAGUUUAACGAGCCGCAUGCGUUCGAGAACUUCAUUCUCAGUCAAGAAGACACCAACGAGGAACAAGAUGAUGGCUGCCCAGAUAGCAUUCGUCUCGCCGAAGAACAAGCCCGAGUCAAGAAACGAAUGUCUGCACCUCUGCCUAGACGCCUCCCAGUAGAUGAAGAUGAGCAUGACGAUGUUGAGGAAGACGUGCCUUCAAAGAUCCAAAUGCUUACGAAAGCCACCUCGGUCAACGAUCUGACAAAGGAGAACAGCAAAGGUUCAGUCUCGCUAGUCGUACGUUUACCGGACCCGGAUAACAGCAAAGAAGACGGCGAAGGCUCCCCUGAUGAGGAUCAGUUGUCGCCAGUGAAAGGCCGUGAACCAGCAAGUUCACAUUUACCUGACCCUGAGGAAAGUUGUGAAAUAGGCGCGGAUCGUAAGGCUGCCCGGCUUGCACCGCGCAAACGUGUAUCCUCAAACCUUCCCGAUCCUGAAGAAAGUGUUGAAGUUGGUGUAAAUCCGCCCCAAGGACUCAGCAAAACCGCCUAUCGUGAACCUUGUUUACCGGAUCCAGAGGAGAGUUGCGAAGUUGGCGCGUACCAUCCAGAUGGUCUUGUUCCUCAGCGGGCAGGACGCGGACGAACAUCACUUAAGACCUGUCUGCCGGAUGCCGACGAGACCUUCGACAGUAACGCAAGUGCUCCCCGCCGCGUCCUGCGGAAACGCGGUCUUUCUGAAUCACGAGACUCUGAUGCAGAUGAACGUCAGAAUGUGACAGCAAACCACAACGAAGUACCGCGGAAACGUGUUACACGAGUGGCGCGGCUUCCAGACCCUGACGAGAGUCGUGAAAUCGGCGAUGAAAGACCAGCCGCUAGACCCUCGCGACGAGCAAAGGUUGCCUCACGAGCCACAUUGCGUGACCUUGCAGCUGCGGAUGACGAAGAAAGCGAAGCUGAAGUCUAAGUGUGCCCCGACAAAAGUGAAUUGGAUAUGUAUGAAUGUGGGCUCCGACGCGACACCUCUUGCGACACCUCAUCAACAAUUUGUUCUUUUAUUUCUUGGUUUUGUUUCCUUCCUUUCCUUUUCUUCACUAUGCAUGUUCUCCCGUAUGGCUUUUAUGAUUUAGUUUUU